AAUCAACUCUCCUUCUUCUUGGGUUCGCCCUAAUAUUGCCUGUGAUAAAACCCUACCUACUUUCUCUCUCUCUCUCUCUCUCUCUCUCUCUGCAUCUCCCAUGGCUUCCUUUGCCUCUUUCUUGCUUCUAUCUCUCUUCUUCUUGAAUUUCCUUUCAAGUUUUGCGGCUCAUGGAAAGAGCGGGUCUUUUUCUGCUUCGUUCCCUCUCACUUCCGUUCCUAUCGCGCGCGGCGGCUCUUCUGCGCGGAAGGUUUUUGCGUCGUCUCUGAUGGGUAAACGACUGGUCCCCCGAGGGUCGGCGGCGGGGACGCGGUCUUUGAAUUAUAAGUCGAGUUUUAAGUAUUCGAUGGCGCUGGUGGUCACUCUCCCCAUCGGGACGCCGCCGCAGAAUCAACAGAUGGUGUUGGACACCGGGAGCCAGCUGUCGUGGAUUCAGUGCAACAAGAAAGUUCCCCGGAAGCCGCCGCCCACGGCGGCGUUUGACCCGUCUCUGUCGUCGUCUUUCUCUGUUCUUCCUUGCAGCCACCCGAUGUGCAAGCCCAGAAUUCCCGAUUUUACCCUUCCCACCACUUGUGACCAGAACCGCCUCUGCCAUUACUCGUAUUUCUACGCGGAUGGGACCUUAGCGGAGGGCAAUUUGGUCAGAGAGAAGUUCUCGUUCCCCAAUUCCCAAACCACCCCUCCCCUGGUUCUUGGAUGCGCGGCGGAAUCCGCGGAGGCGCAGGGCAUUUUGGGCAUGAACACCGGGAGGUUAUCGUUUGCCUCCCAGGCGAAGAUACAAAAAUUCUCUUACUGCGUCCCCGUCCGGCAACCCGGCCGGGGAAUAAAUCCCACCGGAGCAUUCUACCUCGGCCGGAAUCCCAAUUCCCCCACCUUCCAAUACAUCAAUCUCCUCACUUUCUCCCUAACCCAACGCCGCUCCCCCAACCUCGACCCCCUAGCCUACACCGUCGGGUUCACCGGGAUCAAAAUUGGCGGGAAAAAACUCAACAUCUCGGCGGCCGUUUUCCGGCCGGACGCCGGCGGGUCCGGCCAGACCAUUAUCGAUUCCGGCACGCAGUACACGUUCCUAGUGGACGAGGCGUACAACAAGGUCCGGGAAGAAGUCGUCCGCCUCGCCGGCUCCAAACUGAAGAAGGACUACGUCUACGCCGGAGCCCUGGACAUGUGCUUCGACGGCAACCCGACGGAGAUCGGACGGCUGAUAGGCGACAUGGCUUUCGAAUUCGAAAACAGGGUGGACCUCGUGGUCAACAGAGACAGGAUAUCCGACAACGUCGAAGGUGGGGUCCAUUGUCUGGGCAUCGGACGGUCGGAAUCGCUCGGAGUGGCGAGCAACAUCAUCGGAAACUUCCAUCAGCAAAAUCUCUGGGUGGAGUUUGACUUGAUCAGACGCAGAAUUGGCUUCGGAAAAGCCGAUUGUAGCAAGGCUGUGUAGAGUUAAAACUAAGCUUAUUUUAUUAUUAUUAUUAUUUUUUUAAUUUUAUUUCUUCUUUGAGAAAAAAUAGGAUGUUCUUUUGCGGUACAUAUGGUGUGAUUGUAUAAAUAUGUUGUACUCGUGAUAUAUGUAUAUGUAGAGGGUCUGGCAUUAUAACGUGCCCUGCCAACAUUUUUUUAUUCAUCAUUAAA